AUGCCAUCCGAAGAGUCUAAGCAAACGCUCUCAUCAUCAGCAGCUCUUCCAAUACGAAGUUCAAUCAUUCAAAGUGUGAUUUCUGAAGCCCGAAGUUUGGUAGAAAAUGAAUCUUCUACAAGAGCAACUAUUUCAAAACCAUCCAGACCAUUUACUCCGAGAGAUAAUGAACGAAGGUUGUUCGUUGAGAAUGAAUAUGCAAGUAGACCAACAUCAGCAUUCAGCAGUUCCAAUUUCGAUUUUUCAUAUCGAAAAACUUCUUCGGGAACACGAGAUGAAUCCACUCAAGAUCCGAACAAUUCAAAAUCAAGUACGAGGAAAAAGAAACCCUCAUCCUCAGGAUCUAAACGAACAGGAAGCAGUAAAAGUAGUCGAAGUAAUGAAUGUAAGGACGAUGAAGUUUCUGAUACUCAUGACAGAUUGUGGGGUUCUAUAGACUCGAUUGUUGUCUCUCUCGAAACAUUGAACGAAGAACAAUUAUCGGAUACAUUGGACUCUUUGCAUCUGUUGGUAGAAAAAUUACAAAAAGAGGACGAAAGAAAAGCUGUGCUAGUGUCUAAACUCUCCAAAUUCUUGGACAUGGGAAAUGCAGAAAUUACAGUCAAGAUUUGUUCAAUCAUUUUAAAACUCACUCGAAUAGGUCAACAUAUUCUGCAAAUUUGUAAAAUAUUGUUCAAGAUUAGCAAACAAGAAAAGUAUGACAAAUUAUUCAAGGAUGAUAAGAUACUAGUUCCAAUCAUUCUCUUGCUCAAUCAAGAUUUUGUAACUGAAAGCUACAAUGUGAGCUGGGAGAUUUUACUCUUCUCUAUUGGAACUCUAAAAAACAUCUCCUAUGAUUCUCAUAACCAGAAAACUCUUGUGAAGCAUAACAUUGUCUCUCAGUUAUCAUUAUUAAUGUCAUCAGCGCUUCGAGAGCUCAAAACAGGCAGUAUGGAGAAAGUGAACAAACAAGCACAAUUGUUGGUUCAAAUUUUGGCAACACUUCGAAACUUGGCAACUCGCUCAAGCACAUUUAAACAAUUCUUGGAAUAUAAUGUGAUUGACAAUAUUCAUAUUUUAAUGAGUGCCCUAAUAUCUCAUUCAGAAUUUAUCCAUAAUGCAACACGUGUAUUAAGCAAAUUGUCAUUAGAUGAUGUUUGUCUUGAAGAAAUGAGAAGAAUUGAACACUUAAAAUCAUGUCUCAUUAACGUAUUAAGGGAACACAGAAAACACAUGCCAAUCGUUGUGAGAGUGACAUUCAUUCUUGGUAAUUUAACUUUUGAGAAUUAUUCGGGACAAGAACAAUUAAAUGAAAAGUCUGAAGUGCCCUUUCUCUUAGAUUUGUUGGAUUUAUACACGACGGAAGAUGAAAAAACAAGCAAGGACAAUAUAAAGAAGGAGACUGAAGAUUUACUGACGAAACUGAUAAGACUGAUUGCCAACAUUUCUAUGGAUGAAAAACAAGGGAAACUCAUCGCUCAGUCCAAAUCAACUCUUCGUCUUGUUGAACUUGUGGAAAAAAAGAAAGUACAAGAUUGUGAAGAAUUAAUUCUAAACACGUUGAGAUGUAUCACAAACUUAUCCUUUUAUGCUUUCAACAUUCCAACAGCCCCUCUAUUUAUUCACAAACUCAAACUUGCAUCACUUCUCUCAACUCUGUUAUUUCAUGAUCACAGUGAUGUUGUUUAUGAAGCAACGAGAUGUUUCGGAAAUCUUUCUCAAGAUGCACAGGUUCGAGAGUACAUGCACAAGUCACGAAUUGAUGAAGCCUUAAUCAUCAUGAUUGAACAUGGCAAUUUAGAUAUUGUAUAUGCCGUGUGUGGUGUGUUGGUGAAUUUGUCAUCAGACCCUAACAGGACACAUUUAGAAUUGUUAAAGGAGAGAGGAGCUAUUGAAAAAUUAAUUGAUGUUCUCGAACGAUCCACAGUGGCACUUGCUCUUGUUGUGUUGAAGAUAUUCCACAAUAUUUGUUUGAAUGUUGAAUCAAAACAAACACUUUCAUCAUUAUACUCUGAAGAAGAAGUACAACAUUUGGACUCUCUACUUCAAUCGAUCAUUCAAGAGCAAUAUGAUAAUGUGGAACACAUGACAGAAUAUGACAUUUCCAUGGUGAGAGAUUUGACCAGUGUUGCUAAACAAUUACAAUGCAUCAUUUCCAAAUAA